UCCAAAAACAGAUGGGCUUUCUCCUCCUCAAGAGAAGCAGAAGCAGCAGCUUCUUGCUCCUAUUCUUCCUCUGUUGGGCAGCAGAAGCAGAAGCAGAAGCAGAUGCAGAAGCAGGAAUUAGUAACACAAGAGAGAGCUUAGAGGAGUGGAGAUCAGCUACAGCAACCUAUACAAAAGAAACACAAAGCCCCUCUCUUAUUGGUGGUGCAUGUGGCUUUGGAGACCUGGAAAGAUCAAUCUAUGGUGUGAACACCGCUGGACUGAGCAGCGAAUUGUUCAGGAAGGGUAGUAGCUGCGGCGGAUGCUUCGAGCUGCGGUGCGUGAAUCACAUCCGCUGGUGCUUAUCGGGAAGCCCUUCUGUUGUCGUGACCGCCACGGACUUCUGCGCUCCGAACUACGGCCUCCCCAAUGAUUAUGGAGGGUGGUGCAACUUCCCCAGGGAGCACUUUGAGAUGUCGGAAGCCGCUUUCGUUCAGAUUGCAAAGGGAAGAGCCGAUAUCAUACCUGUUCAGUACCGGAGGGUAAAAUGCAAGAGAAACGGAGGAAUGAGGUUCACAGUGACAGGAAGCUCCUACUUCCACCAAGUCCUGAUCACGAACGUGGGCUCAGACGGAGCGAUCACGGCCGUUAAAGUGAAAGGGUCGAGAACAGGUUGGAUACCUAUGGGGAGGAACUGGGGGCAGAAUUGGCAAUGCAAUGCCGAUCUCCGGGGCCAGCCGCUGUCCUUCGAAGUGACCAGCAGCGGAAGAAGCACUAUUACUUCUUAUAAUGUCGCCCCCUUGAAUUGGUGGUUCGGGCAAACCUUUGAAGGAAAGCAGUUCCUGCAAUAGACACACAGAGAGCUUUUUCCAUCUCUGACAUGAAUAAGCAUGUCAGAGAGAUGAAGAGAAUUUUAUGAAGAUUCUGUUAAAGAGAUUACAAAUGUAAUGGUGAGAGACAGCUUACAGAACAGAGAAUUAUUUGUAUUCUAGCACAUGUAUAACAAUGACUAUUAGUGAAGAAAAAUGGAGCUCCUCUUAAAGUUCAAAUAUCAAAA